UCCUCAAAAUGGCAAUUAUUAAUCUUAACUGUGUCCUCCUUAAUGAUAAUGGAACUCACUCCGAAGAUGAAAUUUUUACAAUUGAGAUUUCUAAUGAUAAAAAGUAUGAAUUGCUCAAACAUAUGGUAAAAGAACGCUUGGCGCCUUUUUUCGAUUCCGUUCCUUCUACUAAAAUCCGUCUUCGUCUAUCCCCCAAUGGCAAUAAUAUUAAACCAUUGAUUAGAAUUUCUGAUGACUUUCCUACUAGUCCCAGUGAAGAAGAUCUAAUUUAUGUAGUUCCCACACCAAAAAAAUAA